AACAGGCUUGAGUAUCAUGCGGUAUCUGUUCGAUGUCAAAUCAAACACAACAAAUGAUUUCACUGUCAGUUUAGCUUUAGUUUCUGAACCAUUCAUUUCGUACACUUUACACAAGAACACAUAUACACGAAUCCUCUCUCUCUCAAAUUAUCUUCUUUUUUUCUUCUCGGUUUUUAUUUCGCACUGAAAUCAAAAUCAACUAAUUCAAUUCAUAAUAACUUUAUUUAAACAAUUUCGUUCAGUAAAAUUCCUCAGUAAAAUUGGACCAUAAACCGUAAAACUCAUACAUACAACAACGUUUGAAUUUAAUUGUGCAAAAUAAUAAUUCAACAAUUUUGUUUUAUUUUCAAUGGUUUCUAAACUCGUUCGGUUGUGUUACUUGUGCUAAUUAAUUAACAAUAAAACAGAAAAAAAAAAUUCUCAAAUAAAAUUUGAAACGAAUAAAAGAGAACGAUCCGUUUGAUCCGCCACUCUUUACAUCAAAUAAAAACAUAUAAUUAAAUUAGAGUCAACAUCGAAAAUUGAGCGACAAAAAAAGAGUGUGAACAAUUGAAGAACAAUUCUACAUCAAUUGAAAUAACAACGUAUUCAAUCAUUUAGUUUGACGUAGUUAACAGUCAAAAAUAAUAAAUCGAUUGAAAAGUCCGGGUAAAAUUGGUUUUUCUUGGUGUGUAUGUGAGCGUGUGUGUUUGUGGUUAAAAACGCAAAAUUUGAUUAUAAUUGUCAAAUUGACACCUUUGCGGAUUUUCACCUAAAAAUUGUCAACAACACAUCGAUUCCGUUACGUAUUUUCCCGUAAGCAUUCGCUCAAAUACGGCAAAAAAGAAACACUUCAGAACACCAUUGGCGAAAUAGAGGGAGAGAGAGAGAGAGUGCGCUGUCGCUAGUAAACAAGCAGAUAUUCGUAAUACAAUUAAGCAGAAAGUACAAAGCAACAAAAGAGAAAAAUAAUUUUCACUGAGAAAGAGAGAGAGAGAGAGAGAGAGAGAGAGAGAGAGAGAGAGAGAGAGAGAGCAGAGAUAGAAGGAAAAACCGUCGACAGAUCGAACAAAACUACCAAUCAUACCUAUUUGAAAGAAGAAGAAAAAACCGAAAGAAAAGAAGUCAAUAGAAAACAACAAUGUCUAAUCUACGGCAAAUUCCGCUGACUUGCAGUGGUCACACACGGCCUGUUGUGCAUUUGGAUUUCAAUCGUGAUAUUACCGAAUGUGGAUACUUCUUGAUAUCAGCAUGCAAAGAUGGUAAUCCGAUGCUGCGGCAAGGUGACACUGGCGACUGGGUCGGAACAUUUGAAGGUCACAAAGGUGCUGUGUGGGGUGUCGCCCUCAACAAAAAUGCAACAUUGGCUGCAUCGGGUGCUGCUGAUUUUUCUGGCAAGGUGUGGAAUGCAAGCAACGGCGAAGAGUUACACAGUUUCAAACACAAGCACAUCGUGAAAACGGUGAGCUUUGACGAGAAUAGCAAUCAUUUGAUAACCGGAAGCAAUGAAAAAUUGAUUCGUGUGUACGAUUUGAGUCAACCGAAUGCCGAACCGCAAAUCUUUUCUGGUCAUGGUGGCCCACUGAAACGGGCCCUAUUCUGUCGAAAUGACAAAUACAUAAUUAGCGGUGCUGAAGAUAAAACGCUUCGCUUAUGGGAUCGUUCAAUAGGCCAAGAGGUACAGCGUAUCGAAUUCAAUGCACAUCCGAAUAGCAUUGAACUGUCGGCCGACUAUAACAUUUUGACAGUGACACAUGGCACGAGUGUCAGUUUCUGGGAGACUGAGACAUUGAAAAAACUCAAAGAGAUUACCGUACCCACAUCGGUGAACACGGCUAGCCUACAUCCCGAUAAGCAUAUUUUCGUUUGUGCUGGCGAAGAUUUUAAAAUGUACAAAUACGACUACAUUACCGGCAACGAAAUCGAAUCGUUCAAGGGUCAUUUCGGGCCGGUGCAUGCGGUGAGCUUUAGUCCAGAUGGUGAACUGUAUGCUAGUGGUUCAGAAGAUGGUACGUUGCGUUUGUGGCAAACUACGGUCGGUAAAACAUAUGGUUUGUGGAAAUGCACCGAACCCGGUGAAGCGAAUAACUCGAUCAAUUCACAGCGUGAAGUUCCUGCCAACUAAUUUGCGAGUGCGGGCGUGUGUGUUUUUAGCAACAACCGAUCUGAAAGACUUGAACAGGAAUACAAAACAUGAAACAAAAUAAACGAAUUCAAAGAAAAAAACACUCUUCGAACCGCAAUCGCGAAGGAAACCCGCCAAAACUGAAUUGAUCUUCUCUUUCAUACUACUUUUUUUAACUCCUGAUUUUUUCUACCUACAAUUUGGAACGAUGUGCAAAUAAAAUUUAUUCAUUGGUUCAAUAUGUAUUUAUACUAUAACUCUCUCUACGAAUUCGAGAAGCAAAACACAAUUUUUUCAUGUAUUUCUCCUUCAUUUGUCUUGUAAAAUGUUUCUCCAAUUCUUAAAACAAAACAAACAAAACAAAACAAAAACGUGGACAUUUUCCUUCAAAAAGAGCAUACUAUACAACAAAAACAACAACAGAAGUAAUAAGUAAUGAACACAUAUGAGUGAUGCUAUGAUCUUGACUUGCAUUAAAAUCACCAGACCGAUAGAGAAAGACGAAGAUACAGAAGUAACAUAGCUUUUAAUUGAAUUUUUUAUUGUAUUAUUUUUACUACUUCAGGCAUUUAUACAAUAAAAUAUUUCCGUUUUCUUUUGUACUGUACAAAGAAAAUUCAAA